UGGUGCCCAGGGCUGUGGCUACAGUGGUUACCCAGCCUCAACUCACAGCCGAUCUACACAGAUUUUUACUGCCAUGCUCCAUUGGAAUUGCAGCCGCUAGGAUCAGGAUGGAGUGAGUGGAGAGGCUUCAAAAGCGGGAAAGGGAUGAGUCGGUGCUGGAGAAGUUGACAGUUGACCCAGGCUGGGCACCGAUAAGGCGGCUCCAGGGCUUCAAGAGACAGGCAGAGAUGCAGCUGUUCCCUCUCCUGUUCUCGCUGCUGCUGACCUCCACUCCAGGGUCUUGGGCUCGAAAUGUGAGGCGCCAGAGUGACACCUGGGGCACCUGGGGCGAAUGGAGCCCCUGCAGCAGGACCUGUGGAGGAGGCAUCAGCUUCCGGGAGCGCCCCUGCUACUCCCAGAGGAGAGACGGAGGCACCAGCUGCGUGGGCCCCGCGCGCAGCCACCGCACCUGCCACACGGAGAGCUGCCCAGACGGCGUGCGGGACUUCCGGGCCGAGCAGUGUGCAGAGUUCGACGGCACCGACUUCCAGGGUCGGCGCUACCGGUGGCUGCCCUACUACGCAGCCCCUAAUAAGUGUGAGCUGAACUGCAUUCCCAAGGGGCAGAACUUCUACUACAAACACAAGGACGCCGUGGUGGAUGGGACACCCUGUGAGCCUGGCCAGCGGGACAUCUGUGUGGACGGAGUCUGCCGAGUGGUUGGCUGUGAUCACAAGCUAGACUCAAUCAAGCAGGAGGACAAGUGUCUGCAGUGUGGGGGUGAUGGCUCAUCCUGCUACCCGGUCACAGGAACCUUUGAUGGCAAUGAUCUCAGCAGAGGCUACAACCAAAUCUUCAUCAUUCCGGCUGGGGCCACUAGUAUUCGCAUUGAGGAAGCCGCUGCCAGCAGGAAUUUCCUGGCCGUGAAGAGCAUCCGUGGCGAGUACUAUCUCAAUGGGCACUGGACCAUUGAGGCAGCCCAGGCUCUUCCGGUGGCCAGCACAGUCCUACAGUACGAACGGGGUGUGGAGGGGGACCUGGCUCCUGAGCGGCUCCAGGCACGGGGCCCCACCUCAGAGCCCCUGGUCAUCGAGCUCCUCAGUCAGGAGUCCAACCCCGGAGUACACUACGAGUACUACCUGCCCGCGAAUGAUCCUGGCCGAGGCUUCAGCUGGAGCCAUGGCUCCUGGGGAGACUGCAGCGCUGAGUGUGGUGGAGGUCACCAGUCCCGCCUGGUAUUCUGCACUAUUGACAACGAGGCCUAUCCAGACCACAUGUGCCAACACCAGCCUCGGCCCACCCACCGACGUUCAUGCAACACUCAACCUUGUCCGAAGACCAAGCGGAUCUCUUUCCUGCACCGGCCGGGAGCGUGGCGCUAUGCUGGGGUCCAGCAUAUGUGUGGGAACAGCUGGAAGGUAGGCCCAUGGACGCCCUGCUCGGUCUCCUGCGGGGGUGGAGUCCAGUCUCGCUCUGUCUACUGCAUAUCCUCAGAUGGGACUGGUGGCCAGGAAGCUGCUGAGGAGACCCAGUGUGCUGGCCUAGUUGGGAAACCCCCUACCACACAGGCUUGCAACCUGCAGCACUGUGCAGUCUGGAGCGUGGAGCCCUGGGGAGAGUGCUCAGUUACAUGCGGGACUGGCAUCAGGAAGAGGAGUGUCACCUGCCGAGGGGACGAGGGGUCUCCGGUCCAUGCUGCAGCGUGCUUGUUGAAGGACCAGCCAACCCUCACGGAGCCCUGUGUACAAGAGGCCUGCCCUGUGUUCCGUGGCCAGGCCUGGCAUGUUGGCUCAUGGAGUCUAUGCUCUAAAAGCUGUGGUUCCGGCAUUCGGAGAAGGCAGGUUGUUUGUACCAUCGGGCCGCCUGGUCGUUGUGUGGACCUGCAGUCGUCCAAGCCUGCCGAGAUGGAAGCCUGCAACAGACAGCCCUGCCAUCUUCCUCAGGAGGUCCCUAGUAUACAGGACCCAAGGACCCGCUCCUCAGACCCCAGGAUGCUUUCAGGCCCUCGAGUGUCCCCAGUCUCAGAUGGAAGAGAGCAGCAGUGGGCUCCCCUCGAGAGACCCAGGGCUCAGAGCAACCCCAGAGAGGGUCAAGACCCCAACCUGUCAUCUGCAGGCCGGGCCCCAACUCUGCAGCGUCCUCCACACCAGCCACCCCUGAGGCCUAGCUCAGGGCCCCGUGACUGCAGACACAGCCCCCAUGGGUGCUGCCCUGAUGGCCACACACCAUCUCUUGGGCCUCAGUGGCAAGGCUGUCCCCUGGCUGGGGCCUCAUGUCUUCAGAGCAGGUACGGAUGCUGCCCCGACGGGGUGUCUGCAGCUGAGGGGCCCCAACAGGCUGGUUGUACCAGGUCUCACGGCAGUGACAAUACGGGAAACAGGCCAGGGUCCAGGGCAGUAGCUUCCAAGAACCCCAAGAUCCACCAACCCCAGGCCCAUGAAGGCGAGCCCAGUGAGUGUCGAAGCUCUAGGUUUGGAUGUUGCUAUGACAAUGUGGCUUCUGCAGCGGGUCCGCUGGGGGAAGGCUGUGUGGGCCAGCCCAGCUAUGCUUACCCAGUGCGGUGUCUGCUGCCCAGUGCUCAAGGGUCAUGUGGAGACUGGGCCGCCCGUUGGUACUUUGUGGCAUCGGUGGGCCGGUGUAACCGCUUUUGGUAUGGCGGCUGUCAUGGCAACGCCAAUAACUUUGCAUCGGAGCAGGAGUGCAUGAACACCUGCCGGGGACAGCAUGGGCCCCGCCGUCCUGAGGCAGGAGCCGCUGGGCAUCGUGCCCAUGUGGAUGGUGGUCAACGUGGUCCUGGAGGCCAGCAGGAACCUGACUGGCACAGGGCAGGAGCCACAAUCCCGAGACUGCCCUCCCCUUCUGGAAGCCCUUGGCGGAGAGAACAAGAGCCUGCGCCAGGGGAGCCACCCCACAUCCCAGCCUAUGGAAACCGGCCUGGAGGCCAGGAAAUCCGGCCCAGAGUUCCUGGACUGGACAGAGAGGCUAGGCCAGCAGUGCCGCCUACACAUAGCCCCUCCUACAGGAUCCGAUUGGCAGGCUCGGAACCCUCCCUGGUACAGGCAGCUCCAGGGCAGGCGGUACAACUCUUUUGCCCUGGCAACAUCCCCUCGGAAUUCCAGGCAGGGUGGCAGAAAGAGGGCCGGCCCAUCUCCUCUAACAGGUACCAGCUCCAGGCAGAUGGCUCCCUCAUCAUCAGCCGCUUGAGGCCGGAGGAUGCUGGCAUCUAUAGCUGUGGCAGCCACAGGCCAGGCCAUGAGCCCCAGGAGAUACAGCUUCGAGUCACAGGGGGUGACAUGGCAGUGUUUCCUGAGGGCCAGCCGAGGCAUUUCCCUGAGCCCAGGAACCCAGACCUUGGCCAUGGUCCUCCGCACCGUGGAACAGGAGCAGAAGCGGGGGGCCACAGGGUCCUCUCUCCCUCACACCCCAGGCCUGCCACCAGGUUACGUCUGGACCGGACUCAGCCUGGAGUGGUAGAUGCCAGUCCUGGCCAGCGGAUCCGGCUGACCUGCCGUGCUGAAGGCUUCCCGGUCCCUACCAUCGAGUGGCAAAGAGAUGGGCAGCUGGUCUCUUCUCCCAGGCACCAGGUGCAGCCUGAUGGCUCUCUGGUCAUCAGCCGAGUGGAUGUGGAAGAUGGGGGCUACUACAGCUGUGUUGCUUUUAAUGGGCAGGACCGAGACCAGCGCUGGGUCCAGCUCAGAGUUCUCAGGGAGCUGACAAUCACAGGCCUGCCUCCUGCUGUGACCGUGGCAGAGGGUGACACUGCCAGGCUUCUGUGUGUGGUGGCUGGAGAAAGUGUGAACAUCCGGUGGUCCAGGAAUGGCCUGCCAAUACAGGCCGACGGUCACCGUGUGCACCAGUCCCCAGAUGGCACACUGUUGAUCCACAACUUGCGGCCCAGGGACGAGGGCUCUUACACAUGCAGUGCCUUCCGUGGGAGCCAGGCUGUGAGUCGCAGCACCGAGGUGAAGGUGGCCCUCCCAGCGCCAGCCGCACAGUCCAGGGACCUAGGCAAGGACUGCAUCGACCAGCCGGAGCUGGCCAACUGUGCGUUGAUCCUGCAGGCCCAGCUCUGUGGCAAUGAAUAUUACUCCAGCUUCUGCUGUGCCAGCUGCUCCCGCUUCCAGCCAAAUGCCCAGCCUGUGUGGCAGCAGGGAUGAAGGCUGGCUGUGGCGCCAGGUCUGGAUAGUUUGCUGGGGAGAAGGGAUGGUAAGACAUGGCUUGCAGAGGGAGUCGUCUUUCAGAUCCUGCCCCUCUCAGAAAUCCAGGGUUGAGCCCCAGCAGCUGCCAGUGCCGGCUUCCCUUGUAGUGCUCAGCAGGGUCUGUCUGAUAUGACCACAGGCUGCUGUGAAGAAGAGGAACCCUUUACACCUCCCCUCUAUAGUAUCUACUGCACCGAGGACCUUUUAUCUGAAAUGCUUUGGACCAAAGUGUUUUAAGCUAUUAAGUAUUUGUAGACUUUACUAAUUGAACGUCCCUAACCUAAAGUUCUGAAAUGCUCCGAAGCUUCAAAGACCCAAUCGCCAUGUCAGCUUUCAAAACUGUCCGGGUUUCGAAGCACGUUUGAUUUUGGGUGAGAGGUGCUCAAUUUGUACAGAGAAUCCACUUAGCGCACUGCAGAGCCAGCUGGGUGGGGUGUCUGUGAUGGCAGGGGGACGGUAACUGCUCAGUCAGACAAGGAUUCCUGCUAGAAUCCAGGUCUGUGUGUGGGGAGAGGUGAGCAGUCAUUCAGGCUGUCCAUCUUCCUGGGCAGUGGCAGUGGCACAGCUGCCUUCACCACCAUCAGUGUGUGAAGCUCACAGUGUAAUGCCAGGGAAAAGCACUCAGCAAGGUGGAGGCCAUAGGCUGCGAUGCAGGGGUGUGGGAUGGAAAAGCCAGACAGCCUGAAAAGGUCCACUCCUUACACAGCUCACUGGCCUGCUCUGAGUAGUGAAGAGUCAUGCUUCCUUAAGUAGGAAUCUGUGGAGCUUAUCUGUUGCUAGAGAAACUCAGACUAUGCUGCAAACAGUGGCUGGGAGCUGGUGAGAUGGCUCAGUGGUUAAGGCACUCACUGGCAAGCCUGAUGGCUGGAAUGUGCUCUCUGGAACCUCCCUGGUGGGUGGCAGAACUGACUCAGGCCAGCCGCCCUGACUGCACGCACGGAAGCACAGCUGUAAAGUCCGUAGAACAGCAGCUGCGAAUGGUGCUGCAAUGGUGCUGCAAGCCUACAAUCCCAGGGCUCGAGAGGCUGAAGCAGGAGAGCUACAGUGUGAGGCAGUCUGGGCCACAGUGAGAUCCUGCCUCAGAGUAAACAACCCAUAGAACCCAGCAUCAGCGGAUGUGACGUGACACCCAGGGCAGUGAUUUUAGUAGUCUGAGCUGCAGGAAGGCAUUCAUCUUUUACAAUCUCCGAUUUCUUAAUGCUCUAGGAAGAGGCCUGGAUUUAAUGAGCUUCCAGGGCUCGUCCCACUUUUUCUCUGACUCCUCUGGAAGACUGUCUAGUAACACAGGUUACUAUGGGAGCAAAGUUCUGACACUUGCUGGAACACAAAGCUCCCUGUGUGAGUGGUGUCUCAGGAAUAUCUAGGUUCCAGGCAUUUUUGUUGCAGGUGGGAGUAGGGGCUGAAUGGGGGGGGGGGUGAGGGAUGAAAUGCUCCAGGUCAGGGUGCUGAACCUCAUGCUACACAGAGCACACAAGUAACUCCCCAGCCUAAAGCACAGCUUGGGAACCUCCCUUCUUCUACUGAUAGUCUGACUUAAUUGGCCGUGUGAGUAGACUGGGUAUUAUAGGUGAUGUGUGAACAUGCCUGUGUGUGCACUGGGGGAUCGCAUGCAUGCUUAGAACAUGUUCCACUGAGCUACACCUUGGGUAAUUCCAAUCUAUAGCUAAGACUGAGAAGCAGUGCUGUCAGGCAUGGUGGGACACACACACCUUAAAGCCCAGCAUUUGAGAGAUAGAGGUAGGUGGAUCUCUGAGCUCAAGACCAGCCAGGGCUACAUAGUGAGACCCUGUCUCUACUCCCACAGCUCCACUCUACCCCUGGGCUGGGGCUAACAGUCUCUGGCUUCUUGGUGUAGACCAUACUAUUGCUGCAGAUCCCAGUCAUACCCUGAAAUUUAAGGAUAUACUAAUCCCCCCAAAAGAUUUUAUAGUUACAAGUUAGAAAUGAGCUGUAAAAAGAGAGAUUAAAAACAGAACUAUAAACCCAUUUGCAAAUAAGAACAGCCCUUCAUGGGCAAAAGCUCUACCACGAACAUUUAUUUUUGUUAAAGCAGAUUAUAAAUUCUCAUCAGUACAAAUAUAUAUAUAUGUGUAUAUAUAUAUGUAUAUAUAACUUACAUUUGAUUGUAAGGCCAACGUUCAAAAGUAAAAAUGAGAUGGGGUCUCAUGUUGUUACCCAUGGUCAAGUAGCUGCAACUGGCAUGGGAUGCUCUGUUCAUGGUUGGGGCAGAAGGGGACACAGACACACACAGCACAGAAGCCAGAAUCUCAUCCCUGUAAAACUUAUGGGAACAAAACUUCAAGGACAGAGCCCAUUAAGACCCACAUUACAAACCGACACAAUAGCCUGCGUUCCCUUUUCUGGAUAUGAUUAUGUCAUUGUCACCGUAAUGCUAAAGGAUUAACAUAAGGAAAUUGCAAUGAUAUGUAAAAGAUUCAACAUACAUUCUCUAGAGCAUAGAUUUGAUUCCAUUCAAAUGAUGACAUUAGAAUUUCACCAUAGGUUUAAAACCAGGACAACACUGCUUGCUCAUCUUAUUAAAACUACUACCUAGUGACUGCACGGGUCAUCGGUAUGACCAUUUCGCAGUGUGCUAGUUAACAUGAAUGGUCACAAACAAGCCAGGGCUCCUGCCUACAACUUCCAACCCUUCCUCUUUUUUACUUCAAUAGGCAUCAAUGAUAAAUCAAUCUUAUGUACAAUUUCUUACAUCUAACCCGCUCACUUUUGGCAAGAUUACUUACAACUCAUACUUUUUAAUAUUGAGAACUAUUUAAAAUAUUCUAGGUGCAUAAAAAUAAAGAUUUUGGCUUUUUGAUAUAUAUAUAUAUAUUUAUAAUAUUUAUUCUGUAACUCAAAAUGGAAGCUCAGCUUUAUCCCCAGACUACAGCUCUACUGGGCAGCUGCUGCUGUGCCCUCCCGUGAACCCAGCAGCAUAGCCUGCCUGGCUUCACCCAGCCACACUGUCCCCAUCGAGCGAUUGCUAAGACAGCCCAGGACUGGGAGGAACGGGUGACUGGCCUGAAAAAUAAAGGGAGAUUGUUUUGCUUCCUGUUAUGUUUUAUAUUCCAGUAAAUGUGCUUUGAAUACA